AUAGAAAAUGGCAGGCAUUUAUUCCUUGUCGUCCACUCGGGGCAUUAACGGUACAAACGAAAAUAUUCCAGUCAAGAGACCGAAGAUUAUCGAGUCGGGUAAAAUAACUGUCGUUCUUGGAACCCAGUGGGGUGAUGAAGGCAAGGGGAAAGUCGUUGAUUUGCUGUGUGACUCCGCCGACGUUGUCUGCAGGUGUCAGGGUGGUAACAAUGCCGGACAUUCUGUUGUUGUAGAUGGGAAGGAGUACUUUUUCCACAUUCUUCCCAGUGGAAUUGUUAACCCACACUGCAUGGCUGUGAUUGGAAAUGGUGUUGUCAUUCAUUUGCCAAAUCUGUUUGAAGAAGUUGAAAAGAAUUUGAAGCAUGGAUUACCUAACUGGGAAAAACGGCUGCUGAUUUCAGACCGAGCUCACUUGGUGUUUGAUCUACACCAAACAGUGGAUGGCUUACAUGAAUCGAAGAGAGGUAAAAACUUAAUUGGUACCACCAAGAAAGGAAUUGGACCUGCAUAUGCUUCAAAGGCAACUCGUAAUGGUUUGAGGAUAUGUGACCUCAUGGGAAACUUUGAUAACUUCUCUGAAAAAUUCCAAAAUCUAGUGGACCACCACAAGAGAAUGUUUCCGGAUUUGGAUGUUGAUGUUAGUGCUGAGCUUCAAAAGUAUAAAGAGCUGCGGGAGAAGAUUCGUCCGAUGGUGACUGACACAGUCUGCUAUUUGCAUAAGGCAACUAAAGAAGGGAAGAACAUCCUCAUAGAAGGGGCUCAGUCGACGAUAUUGGACAUUGACUUUGGUCUAUAUCCGUAUGUUACAUCAUCAAACUGCAGUGUGGGAGGUGUGUGCACCGGUCUCGGUAUUCCUCCCUGUAAUGUGGGUAAUGUUUUUGGUGUUGUCAAGGCGUAUUUGACAAGAGUGGGAAAAGGUGGAUUUCCUACUGAAUUGAAAGAGGACCUGGGUCAGUUGCUUGCGACUCGCGGUGGAGAGAUUGGCGUGACAACAGGGCGUCCUCGUCGCUGUGGUUGGCUCGAUGCUGUCAUGCUCAAGUUUUCACACAUGGUGAACGGGUUCACAUCUCUAGCAAUAACUAAGCUGGAUAUAUUGGAUGUGUUUGAUGAAAUCAAAAUAGGAGUUGCUUACUAUUUGGAUGGGGAAAAACUGGAGACAUUUCCAGCGUCCGAUGAGAAUUUAAAGAGAGUGGAGGUUGAGUAUAAAACGUUCCCUGGGUGGAGAACCAAUACAGAAGAAACACGUAAAUUUGCUGAUCUGCCGCGUGAAGCGCAAGACUACUGCAAAGCAAUAGAGGAUCUUGUUGGUGUUCCUGUUUGGUGGAUUGGAGUUGGUAAAGCGAGAGAUUCCAUUAUUCAGGUCCACUGACAGUUGUCUGCCAUGGACUAUGUGACACCUGCUGAAGAAAAGAGGAUUUGAUUUUUAUCCACACCUGUACAAUUAUGUAUUCUUAACCCACAUCACACUAACAAACUUACUAUGCAAUGAUAUGUAGCCAGGCCAGGUGGCUGGUUCGUUUGAUGUGGAUUUAUAAUCACACUGGUUCUCGGGUAAAGCAUUUUAUUUAGUAUUGUAAUAUUCAAAUAUUACAAGAACACAGGGUCUGCUCACUUCCUUCCUCUCUCUCUCUCUCUCUCUCUCUCUCUCUCUCUCUCUCUCUCUCUCUCUCUCUCUCUCUCUCUCUCUCUCUCUCUCUCUCUCUCUCUCUCUCUCUCUCUCUCUCCACACUCUCCACACUCUCCACUCUCAUGGUCAUUCAUUCUCUGACUUGUGACUAGUACCACUAUUGCUCUCAUCUUGUAAUAAUCUCAAGUAAUGACUACCUAAACGGUAGAUUUAAUGUCCUAAACAGAUGGAUCAUUCAUGCUAUUUGGCAUGGGAGGAACAAUAUGUAAUUAACAUAAGAACACCAAUGCUGUAGCCAUUUCAUUUUAGUACAGUAAGGGCAACAGACUGACUGAAAUAAACAACUAAAUACUUCUAGUCAUUAAACGUGAUCUAUUAUAUUAUUUUAUUCUAGAAAUAUUUUGUGGGUUUGCAUACUUUAUCACGAAGUUGUUAUAUUUUGAGCAAUGUAAUAUAUUAAGUUUUUUUUUUUUUUUCAAGGACUGUUAACUGUCCAGUGUGGGUAUUGAAAUAUGUUUUCCAUCAAUUGUGGUUUUUGAUUUUCUGAAAUUGACAUUUACACUUUCAAUGAAGUAAAAUAUUUUUUAACUGACAUACUUUUUUAAUAAAUGUAUGUAUAUAUGUUAACUGGUUUAAAUAAGAUGUAGAUCUGUGAAAGCUUUUGCUAAAUUGAGUAUAAUUUUCACAUAUAUUAUUACCUUUUUAUACAAUUUCUUAUACCAAAUGUAAAAACGCCAUUUAAUAUUUGUAUAAUAAUUUCUACAAGUCCCAGUGAACUUUAUAUGGAAGUAUUUUUCUGCAUCCCAGGUUUAGCUCUUUAUGAUAUUUGUGUAACUUUUUUCUCAAAGAUAUAGGAUUUAGACAUAACUUUACUGACAUAGUGCAAACCAUGAAAAAUAAUGGAUGCGAAAUAAUUCUGUGUCAUACAUGGUGAACCUCAAGUCACAAAAUUUAUAUGCAUGCAUUAUUUUCUAGGGUUGGGGGAGGUGGGACAUAGCCCAGUGGUAAAGCGCUCACUUGAUGUGUUGUCGAUUUUGGAUCAGUCUCCGUAACUUUAUAACUACACCAGCAGUGUGGUCUUCCAGCCUGACAUUAGCCUAAUUGACAAGUUAUUUUUUGGCACAUACAAACGGUCAUUUGCAAAAU